AUGGCAGCAGGUCAAAACCUAUUGGAGGAGGAGGACAUUAUCAGUACAAAUCCUCUCUUUCUUACUAAUCGAGAGGCUGCACUUUCGCCCAAAGGCAUUGCGCAAGUCCAAGAAGCCUGCCUAUUUUUGGAACAGAAUCAAAUCAACCCGUCUGUCAUAAAGUACAGUUUGGCAGCAUCUUCCAUGGAUACCACUGCCAUUGUCAAAGACGCGCUCAGAGUCGGACAGAAUCGUCUCAUUCCAGAAUUUACUUUCAUGGAUCCACGAGGGAUUGGAAAGUGGGACACCAUGAGCUAUUCUCAAACCUUGCCAGCAAUUUUUGCUCUGGAUGAGACGGAAGCUGGAAAGGAUGGAAAACAGGGACGUCCUCCACCGAAUGAUGAUGGUACACCCAAUGAAACCCUGGCGGAACAAAAAAUCCGAUUGGUCCAACUGAUAUCAGUGCUCGAGACACAAUUUCAAGGCGAUACAGUUCUGUUGAUAUUUCCAGAUGGAAGUACUCCAGCAUUGUUGUCUUGUAUGAUGGCCGGUAUCCCAUUCAACAAGGUUCACGAGCUCGAGUUUGCACCAGGAGAGGUUCGACUCCAUCAAGACAUGGCAAAUAUCCAAACGUUGUACGAAACACGACAACAGCAGUCGGCCUUGAAUCGUGAAUACGAAAAGACGGUCCAGUUGGGGAAAGUAGAGCUGGAACGAUUGCGAGGGCUGGAUCCCGCGACAAUUGUGAGCAAAAAGGAUCUAAAGCUUCAAAAGGAAGUUGCCGAAGUUGAAGAGCAGCAGCGACAACGAGAUGAGCAAAGGCGCAUCAAGGCAGAAAAAGAAGAGGAAGCACGCAUUCUGCGUUACAAGACAAUCGAAGAGGCUCGUGCCAAAAAAGAACAAGCGGCAGCAUUGCAGCGAAUGUCACAGUCAGGUGGUGCUUCCGAGGGUGGCGACAAGAGCACCCAAAUUGCCAUUGGUAGUGUUACGAGUCUUGCAGUGGUGGCUGGUCUGGCGAUAGGAGGUCAAAGCGAUACUGACCCAGUGGCGGCAGUCUCGUCUGGAUCAGCGGCAAUGCGCAAUGAAACGUUUGCGGGUCCUUUGAACGCAACGACGACCACUACUACGAGUGGCGUGCAAAGUGCUACGAGGGCUGCUGCUACUGCAAACGCCCCGACUCGGGCAUCAAACGCAACAACAAGGGUACAGUCCCUUCCAGACACACUUCCACAGACCAUUCUUCCUGUGGGCGAUGCUGCGGCUUCCAACAAAAAAUCUCUUUAUUCCGAUCCAGUACCGACCAAGGAAAACAAGGAAGAGGCUGCUGCCAAGGCGAUGGAAGAUUACAUGAAUCAAGAUGAUGGCGGGGACGAUUGGUUGACAGUAAUGGGUCAGCUGAUGGAGGAAGAUGAAACCGGCGAAGAUGGGCAAGACAUCAUUGAUGAGUGGCAAUAG